CCUCGAACUGGAGUGCACACCGGCUACACAGACUGGCGAUACUGUACAUGCUACCCGCAAUACUCUACUACCCAGACAUGCGACACUACUUGGCAUAUUCUAGCUUCUAAAUAAGAACUGUUCCCAUAAUGAUCAACUUUCAAUCCCUUGUCUUCUGGUGGUUUCUCCCGCGCGUCGUCAGCUACAUUCAAAGCUUUCUCUAUGCACUCCUCUACCGCGCCGGCUCCCGCAAGCCGACCCCGGGCAGCCAGCGAUAUGUCCAGCAUAACCGCACAAUACACAUUUCUGUGCUCGCCAUCUUCAUGCUCUUCUCCAUCUACCAAGCCGUAUGGGAUAUGCAGCGGGAAGGCACUCUGUACGGUGCCCUCGACGUUUCCCCAACCGCCGAUGACCGCGCCAUAAACAGUCGCUUCCGUCGCAUCACCGCCGUGAUGCACCCGGACAAGAUCGCAGACCCAUCGCGCCGCGCCUUCGUCGAGACACAGUACGUGCUCCUUAAAGAAUACCGCGACAUACUCUCGGAUACGGCGAAGCGCUACGCGUAUGAUCGCCUGGGCCCGGAGGUGCUGAAACUCGACCCGAAGCACUACCGCUCAGUGUGGGACUACGUGCAGUACGGCGGUAUUCAGGCCAUGCAGACGUAUCUAGGCGGGCUGGCGUUUAUGCUUCUGGCGCAGUACGUAGGGAUCGCGCCGCGCAGAAAUCGAUUCUGGCAGUGUCUGGCGUUUAUGUGUGUGUUUGCGCUGAACGUGCAUGUCUUGACACAUACUACCGUACCGGCGUUUAUGCGGCAUCUGAAUGCUGUUCUGGCGGCGAUAAAGGUGCGUCCGUUACUGCCGUAUCAGUUCCUACGCGUUGUGUCGACGACGGCGGUGGCGGCAUUUAUUGCGUCGCAGCAGGCGGCCUCGAUUCCACCGCUACCGUCGUCGCAGCGCCAAGUGGGGAUCGUGGAUGGCGAUCAGACGGCGCAUAACCACAAGCAGAUCAACGAGAUUGUCACGACGCAGACUAGCCUCAAUAUGGACGGGAUGCGUCUGCUGCAGAUGGAAACGGCGCCGUUCCAGGGCGAUGAACGACAGAUGAAAGAGCUGCAGGAGCGCAUGUCGGAUUGGAUACUACAGAACGCCGUACGAGCGGAUGCGAAAGUCCGGAAUGCCGUCGGGCAGCAGAUCAUGAAGAGGCGUGAGGGGGCGCCGGCUGGUGCGCGGGGGACGACAUGAAGGCUCGAGGUUCGAGGGAAGCUUUUGUAUAUCUGCAUAGCGAGGCGCCAUAGAUGGGGUGGAUAUAGAAUCGUUGCUCAGGAUUGCCAAAUUUGUAUCAAUAGUAGGUGAUUUCAAGAACACAUGGAUUUGCUGAGCUGGAGCUUCAGAAGGGGCACUAUUAUCUACAUCCAUGCGAAUCUUCCGGCACCGGCAAUAACGACGUUGCCACACUUCCAAUGUCACCGAAUCUGUUCUACUAACACACCUCAGACGCUUCUCAAGCUGGUCCGUCAGCAGAAUCCCUUCUCAUACUAC